CACCGGAAGCGGCGCGCAAACAAACUGGUGUGCUCGUCCACGCCGCGGACUUGUGACAGCACAAAACACGGAGGAAGAGAGAGGCAGAUGGACACUAGAGUUUUCCGGUAAAAGAAAAAAAAGAAGGACAAGAGAAAUCAAGAUCUGAGCUCAUUUGGAGCUGAGGGUGAAGUUGAUCAGGAGUGAAAGGAUAUUUUCGGUCAGUUAUUCCGCUGCAUUUUGGGAUUUGACGCAUCGCAGAGCUGCAUGUGUGAGUCGACACCCAGCAAUGGAACCCUGGCCUAUAGUGGCCUGGUUCUUAAUGCUGACUUUCAUCGCUGACUGGAUAGAGACUGUGUGGUCACGAGAUUUUACAAAAAAGGACAUUAUUUUCCUCCAUCCUUCGACCACUCCAUAUCCAGGAGGAUUCAAGUGUUUCACGUGCGAGGAAGCGGCUGACAAUUACGAGUGUAAUCGCUGGGCACCAGAUGUUUACUGCCCACAAGAGGCUAAAUAUUGUUAUACACAUCACAAGCUGGACUGGGUUGGAAACACGGUGUCUGUAACGAAGCGCUGUGUCUCACUGGGGGAUUGUCUCUCUACCGGCUGCACUGACAUGGACCAUGAAGGAAUCAGGGUGUGUGUUUCCUGCUGUGAGGGCAACAUCUGUAACAUGCCUCUCCCUCGGAAUGAAACAGACGCUAUUUUUGCCACCACCUCUCCUCUGAAUGGGAGCAACCAUGCUGUACUGGAUCACACCCUCCUUUCCUUCAUCCUCAUCCUCCUCCUCGUUCUCCUCAGCCAUGGCUGAUCCUUUAACUGUGAACUGCUUGUUAACGGAUAAUCACCUAAUCUGCUUCUUUGCUUCAGAUAUUACAGUAAUACAGUCAUGAAAGUAACACUUCCCAGUCUCUGAUCACACACUCUCUGAUUUACAAACAACCAGUCACCUUAAAAUGUACAUUGUUACACUUCUUGUAACAAAUUACAGCGUGUCCUUUUCGAGCUGAGGAGAACACGAGGGGUAAGAAACAGUGUUUAAUGCACUAACAAGAGCAAUAACUAAAAAAAUAAAAAUAAAAAUAACUGUAGCUGAAUACAUUUAGAUCAGCCUCCUGUGAAUGAAGUUGUUUUUUUUUUCUACCUUUGCUGUGAAAGCAUUUUAUAUGAGAAAUCGUUCAAGUCAAUUCACAUCGCUUAAAGAUGAAGCCAGGCUUCAUGAGCAGCUUGUAUCAACCUGUCAAAACAGAGGUCAGAGGAAAACAGCAGAGGAAUCCGGGGACUGUGUUAACGGUUACACACAAACAAAACUGCCUUUUGUGCCAUGAUUAAUAAUUUGGAUGUAUAUUUAUUUCUUGUACCAUACAUUUAAUUUAGACAGAAUGCUAAACCAAGGAAGUGCAAAUAAAAAGAAAAAAAAAAAAUUUUAAACCCUCAAACAAGUUUUAUUUUUUACAUUUUCAGUUUUUUUUUAUUUUUUAUUAUUAUUUUUUUUUAUUUUGUUUUCCCAUGAUGUUUUCUAAUCAUCCAUGAUCAACUGUUUCUAAGCACUUGUGUACAGAUGUAUGUGUAAGUUAUGCACGCUGAAUCUUGUAGUGUUUGUGUUACAUUUUGAAUCUUUUUUUAAAGCCACUGGUGGCUCUUGCUGUGUAUACGCUCUAUGUGGCCCUUUACCCUUUGUGUAGGUUUAUUUUUCUGUGCUAGAAAUCCUGCUGAAGGCUAAUAAUGUUACUGUGACAUGCUACCUGUUCAUCACCUUGACGGUGAAAUGGUCAUUUAAAAAAAAAAAAAACAUGCAGUGUUCACAACUACAGUGUUAUUGUUCUGCUUCGUUUUGGAUUUAUUUUUAAUUUUUUUUAUCUUUUACAUUUUUUUAGGCAAACUGCCCUCGAGUGUACAUAAGUUUCAGAAUAUAAAUAUUUUGUUCCAUGAACUGCAAUGAGUUUUGACUUUGUUUUAAAAACAAAGGGCAUACUGGUAUCGUAAGGGCUAACACAAUCACUCGUGUCUUUAGUGUGGCUCAGGUAAUCACUUACCGUAGAAGAAGACAGUGCCAGUUACACAUUUUCCAUAAACCUCAGUGUGCCUAAGAGAAAAAAACCCCUGCAAGAUAUUGUGCAUGAAUUAUGUUUUAUGUGUUAAGUUUGUCUGCCAAGUUUGAUCAAUUUUUUAAGGAAGUUUGUAUUUUUGUUUUUUUUAUGUAAAUGAGUGUACAUACUUUUGAAUAUAUUAAAAAAAUCCCCAGUAGAAAUCUACCAUUUUGUUUA